UUUGCACAUCGCCACUUUGCGAGUUUGUAAACUUUUCUUAUAAAUGUCUCACUGGUGCUGCGAUGAUAAACAAACUACUUCCAUCUUAAAGGACGAUGUCAGGACUUAAUAGCUUCCUGUUGCAUCACAAGUUCAUUCAAAAAUUUAGCUAGAAAUAGAAAGGCACCAUGGAUCGAGCAAGGAUAACUGGGACGCCUCUGCUGAGUUGCAGCCAGACUCGAGGUUUACCCGGUCUUCCUCCUUUGCCUCAAGAUGUGGCUAAGAACCCCUCGGAUCUUUACCAGAUCGUUCUGAAACACAGUGAGCAUCCACCCAUCAUGCAAGGCAUGUCAUGGACUCUAGCUGCACCAUUCAAAGAGCAGAAGUACAGUCGCACUCCCAGCGAGUCCAUAGCUAAUAACUACACCCCCUCGGCCAACAAGCUGAAUAUUAGAUCACUACCGAGGAGUAACCUAGCUAGAUCAAUCACACAACCAAGCAUGGCGAGAAAAAGAAGUCAUUCACCUCAAAGAUCUCCUCGUAGUCCUCGGCCUGGAGAUAUUCCUCCAUUGUCACCAAGAGUCAAGACGUUUGUCGGAAGACGGACCAAGAAUCAACUAAAUGGACAUGCCGUACUACCGUCCAGCCGACCUAUGACCCCAAUGGAACAGAUGAGCAUCAUGUUAAAACAAGAAAAAGAUGAAGAUUCUAACCAUGGAGAGCCAUCCGAGAGAGAUAUGGAGAGAUAUCACUACUACAUCAGUAAAGGAUUGACCCCAGAGAUGCUGGCUUUACCACCUGAUAACAUGAUGGAUAACGUCCAGUGCUACGUCCCUCUGUCACUCCUUGAGGACACGGGAUUGCAGAAACUGAGAAACCAACUAGAGGAUGAGAUAUAUAGAGAUUAUGAGUUCAGCUGCAGAAAAACGAUCGUUGAUUACAUCCUGAAAGAUCCCGAGGAGAAAGCCCGGCUUCACAUCACCUGGAUCCCUCGCCCGUUCCCAAGACGGAUCAUCCGUGCCCCGAUGCCUUGGCAUAGCUCCUACCUCCUCAAUAAAGAGACCAAUAUGCAGCAUCUAUUCAUUACUAAUAACAUCAUGCUGGAGCUACAGAACCUGUGGUAUGACAGGUUUUGCAUGUUGCGGUUUGUACGUCUGGAAGAUCUCUUAGCCGCUGAGCUUCCACUUCUGCCCAAUGAAUUUGAGAGUCUCGUCAAGAAACAAUGUGCAGAAGCCAGACAAGUUCUGCAGACUUCAUGGAUCCCAACAUGCGCAGAAAUCUUCAUGUCCAAGAAGGAACUUUGGGGCUAUUUAGUUCCUCAGAAUGACAUAGACUCGACUCAGAGAGUACAAGAGUUCUUUGCAUGUGUAGCGGCCCUCAUGUCAAUCCAGCUCAGAAGCAUGGUCAUUAAUUCACUGGCUGACUUCCUAGCGUUCUUCCAGAUUCAUCAGAACGGUAAUGACUUUGAAGAUGAGUACGAGGAGCUACAGUACGUGGUGGCGCAGAUUAUGAUCGUUAAGCUGAGGGUAGAGGAGCCACGUAUCAUCUUUGAUCCUCCGUUCAGAGAGUGUAGAGACAUCAUCUUAAGAUGCUUUUCUGAGAUCAUAGCAAGUGCUGACCAGCUACAGAGGGUUGAGUGUGCAAUCUUCCCUCAAAUGCAGAAUCAACGUCUACUUCUAAGAUCAGUCAAAGUAGAUGAACCACUAGUAGAAGAAUUCAUUGAUAAGGCCAUGAAGAUAUUCAAGCUGAACACAGUCGGACCUACAAGGUAUCUGAACACCUACAAGAAAUACAACGACCUUCUAAACACCAAGGCAGAGGCCGAUGUCGUGGCCUUUUUAAAGGAGCGUCACUCCUUACAAGGCUUUGUGAAGAAGAUCGCGAGCUAUCAGCAGCUUAAGGAUGAGAUAUCCUUAUUAAGGAUAACGGUACCUCUGAGUAUGUUUUGUCUAGACUGUCACAUCUUGAACGCCGAUCUGUGCUCCCGAGCUCAGAAACUCAAAGAGAAACUCGUCUUGUUUGAAGUUGAAGAGAACCGGAUGUUGAAUAAAGGCAUAUGUCGCCGCUAUGACGAGAUUGCUGACCGUCUUGGAGAGAUGCCAAGCACCACCGCUGAGAUCGUCGCUUUGUCUGACUUCUUGAGAGAGUCGAGUGAAGUGACUGUCUUCAAACUUAAAGAUGAGAUUGACGAGGCUGCCAAUCGUUUGAUGUUCCUUCUGGACUAUGCAAAUUUGCCAUUUGAAGACAUCAAGUUGAACAGCACAGUGUUUCAUUGGCCGGAGCACAUUCAGACCGUCUUUGAAGUUUGUCGCAAUCGCCUCAUGACUAGACGAGAGCAAGCCGAAGAGGAGGUCCGUAAGAAAGUUCAGCGCUUUGAAGAGAAACUCAAUGAGUUCAACAAAGAGGUGGAAUCUUACAGAAAGAAAGAGAUGCUUAGCAUGGAUGAGAUGACGACCAACGUAACACGCCUGAAUGAUCUUCAGCAGCUUCUUGAGGCAGCUCAAGACGAGCUGGAUGGACUGAACAAAGAGGAAGAACUGCUGGAAUGGGAGGCUAGUGAAUUCCCUAUCAUUACCGCCAUGUUUGCGUCAAAGCAGCCGUAUGACCAACUUUGGAAUACAGCACUCAACUUCCACACCAAAUAUGAGACAUGGCUUAAUGGUCCAUUCCAAGACUUGAACGCUGAGCAAGUAAACGAUGAGGUGGACAGUAUGUUUCGUACCAUGUACAAACUCAGUCGCUCCUUCGGUGAGCAGCCUGGUCCUCAGCGCAUCGCAAACAAUGUCAAGAGCAAGAUUGACAAGUUCAAAGUUCAUCUACCUCUAUUAGGGGUCAUCUGUAAUCCUGGUAUCAGGGAUCGCCAUUGGGAACGGAUGAGUGAGGUAGUUGGUUUUGAGUUGAAGCCUAAACCAGAGACCUCCAUGUAUCACAUGCUGGAACUAGGACUCACUAAGUGCAUUGACAGUUUGGAGGAGAUCGGAGCUUCAGCCAGCAAGGAAUACUCCCUGGAGAAAGCCAUGGAGAAGAUGAAGAUUGAGUGGGCAGACGUCCACUUUGAAUUCAUCCCAUACAGAGAUACAGGCGUGUCCAUCUUAUCCAGUAUUGAUGAGAUUCAGCUUCUUCUAGAUGAUCACAUCGUCAAAGUACAAACUAUGAGAGGUUCUCCUUACAUCAAACCGUUUGAGAAUGAGAUGAAGGAAUGGGAGGAGAAGCUAGUGAUGAUGCAGGACAUCUUAGAUGGAUGGCUGAAGUGCCAAGCGACGUGGCUGUAUCUGGAGCCCAUCUUCAGUUCAGAGGACAUCAUGGCUCAGAUGCCCGAGGAGGGUCGGAAGUUUGGAAUCGUCGACAGCUACUGGAAGGACAUCAUGACUGAAUCGAUCAAAGACACCAAGGCGCUGAUUUGUACUGCUCAGCCAAACAUGUUGGGGAGACUUCAAGAAUCAAAUCAACUUCUUGAGGAGAUUCAGAAAGGUCUGAAUAACUACCUGGAGAAGAAGAGACUUUACUUCCCUCGAUUCUUCUUCUUGUCCAACGAUGAGCUACUUGAGAUUCUGUCGGAAACCAAAGAUCCGCUGAGAGUUCAACCUCAUCUCAAGAAAUGCUUUGAGGGUAUCGCUAAGUUGGAAUUCACAGAUCAACAGGAGAUUGUCGGUAUGAUCAGCGCAGAGAAGGAGACUGUACCACUCUCCACCAAGAUCUUCCCUGCAAAGGCAAAGGGAAUGGUAGAGAAAUGGCUUCGGCAAGUAGAGGACGUGAUGAUCACCAGCGUACAGAAGGUCAUCCAGGAAGGUGUAGGGGCUUACACCAAUCUGCCUCGUAAUAGAUGGGUGCUAGACUGGGCAGGUCAGGUGGUCCUGUGUGUCACUCAGAUCUUCUGGACUGAGGAAGUAGCCAAGGCUAUCAAGGAACCUGGUGGUCUCAAGAAAUACCUUGAGCAGAGUAAUCGACAGUUAUCUGAGAUUGUUGACUUGGUACGAGGCAAGCUGGAAGGUGGUUCUCGGGUUACAUUAGGAGCUCUGACUGUUAUUGAUGUACAUGCUCGUGAUGUCGUGGCCCAGCUUGGUGAUCUCGGCGUAGAGAGUGUGAAUGACUUCAAUUGGAUCAGUCAAUUGCGCUAUUACUUCAAUGGUACACAUGUCAAUGUUCACAUGAUCACAACAGACAUUGACUAUGGGUAUGAGUAUUUGGGUAACUCAGGUCGACUGGUUAUCACUCCACUGACCGAUAGAUGCUAUAGAACGUUGAUGGGGGCCUUGAAGCUGAAUCUAGGGGGAGCUCCCGAAGGUCCUGCUGGUACAGGCAAGACAGAAACCAGUAAAGACUUGGCUAAAGCUGUUGCUAAACAGUGUGUGGUCUUCAAUUGCUCCGACGGUCUUGACUACAAAGCCAUGGGUAAAUUCUUCAAGGGUCUAGCCCAGGCCGGUUGCUGGGCGUGCUUCGACGAGUUCAACCGUAUCGAGCUAGAGGUACUGUCCGUCGUAGCUCAGCAGAUCUUGAGUAUCCAACGGGCAAUUCAGCAACAUCAGAAGAAGUUUCUAUUUGAAGGCACUGAGCUGACGUUGAAUCCAACGUGUACGAUGUUUAUCACCAUGAACCCUGGGUAUGCCGGACGCUCUGAUCUUCCGGAUAACCUCAAGGUGUUAUUCCGCACAGUGGCCAUGAUGGUCCCCGACUACGGGCUGAUCGCUGAGAUCAGCUUAUACUCCAUGGGUUUUGUGGAUGCCCGUAGCCUUGCCGGUAAGAUCGUAGCGACCUACAAGCUAUGCUCGGAGCUGUUGUCAUCACAGCAUCAUUAUGAUUACGGUAUGCGUGCCGUCAAGUCGGUUCUGACGGCUGCUGGGAAUUUGAAGCUGAAAUACCCGGAUGAGAAGGAAGGUGUGUUGGUUCUCAGAGCCAUCAAAGAUGUCAACCUUCCAAAGUUCUUAUCUCAGGAUGUACCGUUGUUUGAAGGCAUCAUCAGUGAUUUAUUCCCUGGUACCGUCUUACCGACACCUGACUACGCUGUCUUCUUGGAGACGCUGAAUGAAAACAUCAAGAAGCGCGGUCUUCAAUCCGUGCCGUGGUUCAUCGAGAAGAUCAUCCAGGUGUACGAGAUGAUGUUGGUUCGUCAUGGCUUCAUGAUCGUUGGUGAUCCAAUGGGAGGCAAGAGCAGUUCCUACAAGGUUCUUUCAGAUUCCUUGGGCGAUCUCCACACCGCUGGAUUAAUGAACGAAUUCCGUGUCAUUCUAGAAAUCAUCAACCCUAAGGCUAUAACAAUGGGCCAGCUCUAUGGUUGCUUUGAUCCGGUUUCCCAUGAAUGGACUGAUGGUGUAUUAGCAAACACUUUCCGUGAGCAAGCAUCAUCGCAAACUGAAGACAGGAAAUGGAUUAUAUUUGAUGGACCUGUGGAUGCGGUGUGGAUCGAGAAUAUGAACACAGUACUGGACGACAACAAAAAGCUUUGUUUAAUGAGUGGUGAGAUCAUUCAGAUGUCUAACAAGCAGAAUCUAAUCUUUGAGCCGGCCGAUCUUGAGCAAGCGUCCCCCGCUACGGUCAGCCGCUGCGGUAUGAUCUACAUGGAGCCUCAUCAGCUAGGCUGGAGACCACUCAAAGAAUCCUGGAUGGAGAAACUACCGGCGUCACUCACUCAAGAACACCGAGAGCUUGUUAACGAUCUGUUUGAGUGGCUUAUAGAUCCUUGCUUGGAUUUCAUCCGCCAUGAUUGUAAGUUGUUCAUCUACACGUCCAAUAUCCACCUUGCACACUCCCUGAUGAAUCUCUAUACCUGUUUAAUGGACGAGAUAAAGAUGUCGGGAACAGAUGGGCAUGACACCAUGAGUAACCAACAGAUUACCCUGUGGCUCCAGGGUCUGUUUCUCUUCUGCCUGGUCUGGUCUCUUGGAGGAACCAUGAACGGGGACAGCCGCAAGAAGUUUGAUCAUUUCUUCCGACUGUUAAUCAGUGGAACCCAUCCCGAUCAUCCCAAACCAAAGAGCAUCAAAAUCACAAAGAGUAACUCUUUCCCUGAGCGAGGCACUGUCUUUGAUUUCUACUUCCAUAAGCAAUCCAGCGGUCAAUGGUGUGAAUGGAUCGACUACUUGGAUAAAGCUAAGCUUAAGAUCCCAGCAGGAGCUAAAGUGAGUGAUUUAAUUAUACAAACCAACGAUACGGCUCGUCAGAUCUUCUUCUUGGAUACCUACUUGAUUCACGAGGUUCCUAUGUUAUUCAUUGGUCCAACUGGAACUGGCAAAUCAGCCAUCACCAACGACUACUUGGUUGGUCUGCCCAAAGAACACUACAUACCAAACAACAUCAACUUCUCAGCUCGUACAUCAGCCAAUCAGACUCAAGAUAUCAUCAUGUCUAAACUGGACAGACGUCGUAAAGGCGUGUACGGCCCAGCCAUGGGUAAGAAAUGCGUGAUCUUCGUUGAUGAUCUCAACAUGCCUGGGAAGGAGAAGUAUGGUGCCCAACCUCCUAUAGAGCUACUCAGACAGUGGGUGGAUCAUGGGCACUGGUACGACAAGAAGGAUACGUCCAAACUUGAGAUGAUUGAUGUGUUGUUAGUUGCCGCUAUGGGCCCACCAGGUGGAGGUCGUAAUGACAUCAGUGGCCGCUUCACUAGACACAUGAAUAUCGUUGCAAUCGACUCAUUCGACGAUGCUACAAUGACCAUGAUCUUCACAUCAAUCUCGGACUGGCAUUUUGGACAGGGAUUCGAUGCAGCGUUUGUGAGGCUGGGAAAGAUUAUGGUAAUGGCAACAAUGGGUGUGUACAAAGCCGCCGUGAGUAACUUCCUCCCAACGCCGUCCAAAUCUCACUACGUCUUCAACCUGCGUGACUUCUCACGAGUCAUUCGAGGCAUCUUGCUCAUCCCCAACACUCACCUCAAGGAGGAUGAUAAGGAUAAGCUUAUCCGUCUCUGGAUUCAUGAGGUCUAUCGAGUCUUCUAUGAUCGGCUGAUAGAUGACAAAGACAGGUUGACUUUCUUUGACAUUGUGAAGGAGAUGACUCAAUCUCACUUCAAGAUGAGUGUGGAUAAAGUCUUGAGUCACCUGACACCCAGUGGAAAACUCAUCGAUGACAACGUCAGGAGUUUAUUCUUUGGCGACUACACCAACCCAGACAGCGAUCAGAAGAUCUAUGAUGAAGUCACAAAUCUGAAAGACCUCACUACAACCAUGGAGUUCUAUCUAGGAGAGUACAAUCAGAUUAGCAAAGCACCUAUGAGUCUUGUCAUGUUUAAGUUUGCCAUCGAGCAUAUCUCACGAGUCAGUCGAGUUCUCAAACAAGACAAUGGACACGCCCUCCUGAUAGGUAUUGGAGGUAGCGGUCGUCAGAGUGCAGCCAAGCUUUCUACAUUCAUGGCUGACUACGAGUUAUUCCAGAUCGAAAUCACCAAGAAUUACACCAGCAAUGAAUGGAGAGAGGAUGUCAAAAAGCUCUUACUGAAAUCUGGCGCCGAAGGCAAACAGACCGUCUUCCUCUUCAGUGACAAUCAAAUCAAAGAUGAAUCCUUCGUUGAGGACAUCAAUAUGAUUUUAAACACCGGUGAUGUUCCGAACCUCUUCCCGGCAGAUGAGAAGGCUGAGGUCAUUGAGAAGAUGCAGCAGGUCGCUCGAAUAGAGGGAAGAAAGAUUGAGGCCACACCCCUAGCCAUGUAUAAUUACUUCAUAGAGAAAGUACGUAAGAAUCUUCAUGUGGUGUUGGCCAUGAGUCCCAUCGGAGAUACGUUCCGUAACCGUCUGAGAAUGUUCCCUUCGCUCAUCAACUGCUGCACCAUCGACUGGUUCCAGGCGUGGCCCGAAGAUGCUCUUGAGAUGGUUGCCAAUACAUUCCUGGAGGAUAUUGAAGAUCUUGACGAUAACAUCAGAAAGGAAUGCGUCUUCAUGUGUAAACACUUCCAUGAGAGUGUAAGACAACUCUCAGAAUCAUUCCUGGACAGACUCCGUCGACAUAACUACGUGACCCCAACCUCCUACCUGGAGCUCAUCCUGACCUUUAAGAAGCUCCUGAACCAGAAGAGAGCUGAAAUCUUGAUGCUGAAGAAUCGCUACCUGGGUGGUUUAGAGAAGCUGGCCUUUGCCUCGUCUCAAGUCGCUAUCAUGCAGGAGGAAUUGACCGCCCUGCAGCCGGAGCUGAUUAAGACCUCCAAGGAAACGGAGAUACUCAUGGAGAAGAUUGAGCAGGAUACGGUGGAAGUAGAGGCUCAGAAAGAGGUUGUAUCGGCUGAUGAAGCCGUAGCCAAUAAAGCAGCCGAAGCCGCCCAGGCCAUCAAAGCAGACUGUGAGAGUGACUUGGCUGAGGCUAUCCCAGCAUUAGAAGCCUCUAUCACUGCUCUCAACACACUCAAACCAAGUGAUAUCUCUAUGGUCAAAGCCAUGAAGAAUCCGCCGAGUGGAGUGAAGUUGGUAAUGGAAGCAAUCUGCAUCAUGCGUAACAUCAAACCAGAGCGUAAACCAGACCCUUCUGGGUCGGGCAAGAUGGUGGAGGAUUACUGGGGACCAUCUCAGAAGCUUCUUGGAGACAUGAAGUUUCUGGAUCAUCUGAAAUCUUACGAUAAGGAUAACAUCCAACCAGCUGUGAUCAAGAAGAUCAGAGAUAGGUACAUGCCCAACCCAGACUUUGUGCCGUCUGUUAUUCGUAACAUCUCCACUGCCUGUGAGGGAUUGUGUAAAUGGGUACGUGCCAUGGAUGUCUAUGACAGAGUGGCCAAGGUCGUAGCUCCAAAGAAAGCCAAGCUAGCCGAAGCCGAGGCAGAGCUUGCCGUUCAGAUGGACAUGCUGAACACAAAACGAGCCCAACUGAAGGCGGUCACAGACAAACUACAAGCCCUUAACGACGAGCUGGAUGCCAUGGUGGCAAAGAAGAAAGACCUAGAAGCCAACAUUGAGCUGUGCUCGCAGAAGCUGAUCAGAGCGGAGAAGCUGAUCGGUGGUCUGGGAGGAGAGAGGGAUCGGUGGGAGGAGGCGGCUGGGGAGUUAGGAGAGAAGUACAUUAAGAUCGUCGGAGACGUCUUGAUCUCAUCGGGCGUGGUCGCUUACCUAGGAGCAUUCACUGUGGAUUUCAGACAGCAAGCAACCGAGGAAUGGCAGAAGCUGUGUCAGGAGAGAAUGAUUCCUUGCUCCGAUACAUUCUCGCUUACCGCUACCCUCGGUGAACCGGUGAAGAUUCGUGCGUGGAAUAUUGCCGGGUUACCAGUUGAUUCCUUCUCCGUAGACAACGGUAUCGUAACGUCCAAUUCCAGACGAUGGCCACUGAUGAUAGAUCCACAAGGUCAGGCCAACAAGUGGGUCAAGAACAUGGAGAAAGCUAACCAGCUCGAGAUCAUUAAGCUAUCUGACGCUAACUACGUACGCACGCUGGAAAACGCCAUCCAGUUUGGCAAACCGGUGCUACUGGAGAACGUCGGCGAAGACUUGGAUCCAUUACUGGAGCCAAUAUUACUCAAGCAAACAUUCAAACAGCAAGGAGUUGAGUACCUUCGUCUUGGUGAGAAUCUGAUUGAAUAUUCUCAUGAUUUCAAAUUCUACAUCACAUCUACUCUUAGGAACCCUCACUACCUCCCGGAGAUCUCCGUCAAGGUUGUGUUGCUGAACUUCAUGAUCACUCCCCUCGGCCUACAAGAUCAGCUUCUUGGUAUCGUCGCCGCCAAAGAGAAACCCGAACUAGAAGAGAAGAAGAACCAGUUGAUCUUAGAGAGUGCCGCUAAUAAGAAACAACUUAAGGAGAUUGAGGAUAAGAUCCUGGAGGUGUUGUCUUCAUCCGAGGGUAACAUCUUGGAGGAUGAGACGGCGAUUAAGGUCUUGUCAUCAUCCAAGACACUGUCAGAAGAAAUCUCAGCUAAACAGGAAAUUGCCUCCAAAACGGAGAAAGAGAUCGACGAGACGAGGAAUGGUUACAAACCAGUUGCUAUCCACUCGGCUACGUUGUUCUUCUGUAUCUCAGAUAUGGCUAAUAUUGAGCCCAUGUACCAGUAUUCACUCACAUGGUUCAUUAACUUGUACCUUCAGUCCAUUCAGAACAGCAAGAAGUCCUCAGUCUUAGAAGAGAGAAUUGAAAACCUGAACGAACAUUUCACAGACAGCAUCUACAAGAACGUCUGCCGUUCGCUCUUUGAGAAAGACAAGCUUCUCUUCUCGUUCAUCUUGUGCAUCGGAAUCAUGAAAAGCAGGGGUAACGUUGACGAUGAGGAGUGGAGGUUCCUGCUGACCGGUGGAGUAGCUUUGGAUAAUCCCUACCCUAAUCCCUGCUCUGAUUGGCUGACGGAUAAAUCCUGGUCCGAGGUUGUACGAGCUUCCAACUUGACCAACUUGAAUGGGCUUAGAGAACAUUUUGAACAGAAUCAUGCAGUGUGGAAGCAGAUCUACGAUUCAGCCACACCCCAUGAACUGAAAUAUCCAGUUCCGUUCGACACAACGAGUGGCCUCAGCCGCAUGAUCAUCCUCAGAACCCUCCGCCCGGAUAAACUAGUUCCAGCCAGCCAGGAUUACAUCGUAGACAGCAUGGGGCGGAGCUACAUCGAGCCGCCGACCUUCGACCUCGCCGGUAGCUUUGCCGAUUCGCACUGCUGCGCACCGUUGAUCUUUGUGCUCUCCCCCGGGGCCGACCCCAUGGCUGGUCUUCUGAAGUUCGCCGAGGACAAAGGCUUCGGAGGCAGUCGUAUUCAGACGAUCUCUCUGGGUCAGGGCCAAGGACCUAUCGCUACGAAGAUGAUCGAAGAUGCCUUGAUUGAUGGGACGUGGGUCGUGCUGCAGAAUUGUCAUCUUGCGUCAAGCUGGAUGCCGAAGCUGGAGAAGAUCUGUGAAGAGGUGAUCGUCCCGGAGGCUACUCAUAAGGAAUUCCGAUUGUGGUUGACUAGUUACGCAUCUGAUGACUUCCCUGUCUCCAUCUUACAGAAUGGUGUGAAGAUGACCAACGAGCCGCCCAAGGGAUUACGUGCAAACCUGCUACGGUCGUACCUCAAUGAUCCUAUAUCAGAUCAAGAAUUCUUUGAAAGUUGCAACAAGCCUGUGAUUUGGAGGAAGCUUCUGUUUGGUUUGUGCUUCUUCCACGCCUUGAUGCAAGAGAGACGUAAGUUUGGGCCAUUAGGAUGGAAUAUCCCGUAUGAGUUCAACGAGUCAGAUCUCAGGAUCAGCAUGAAACAAUUACUGAUGUUUUUGAAUGACUACGAUGAUGUGCCCUUUGAUGCGUUGACCUACUUAACCGGUGAAUGUAACUACGGUGGGCGUGUCACCGACGAUAAAGACAGACGACUUCUCACAUCACUCUUAUCCAAGUUCUACAAUGACUUGAUACUCGUUGAGGAUAAGUUUGCGUUUUCAGACAGCGGUGAUUACUACUCGCCCACUGACGGCCCGUACCAAACCUACAUCGAUUACAUCCGUAGCCUACCCAUCAUUCCUCAUCCUGAGGUGUUUGGUCUCCAUGAGAACGCUGACAUCACCAAGGACAACCAAGAAACACAACAGUUGUUUGAUGGCAUUUUGUUGACGUUACCACGGCAAUCUGGUGGCGGAGGGAAGUCACCUCAAGAGAUUAUUGAAGAUUUAGCUUCGGAUAUUUUGUCCAAACUACCAGCAGACUACAACCUGGAAUUUGUGAUGGAAAAGUACCCAGUCAUCUACUCCGAGUCCAUGAACACCGUCCUGCGUCAAGAACUUAUCCGCUUCAAUCGUUUAACGACAGUCGUCCGAUCAUCUCUUCAGAAUAUCCAGAAAGCCAUUAAGGGACUGGUGGUGAUGUCGUCAGAACUUGAGGAUGUGUUUGAUAGUAUGUUGGUUGGCAAAGUACCAGCGAUGUGGGCCGCUAAGUCGUAUCCGUCCCUGAAGCCACUGGGAGGGUACAUGCUUGAUCUCUUAGCGAGACUGACUUUCUUCCAAGACUGGAUAGAACAUGGAGUGCCAAAAGCUUUCUGGUUGUCAGGUUUUUACUUCACACAGUCCUUCCUGACUGGUGUGAGUCAGAACUUUGCUCGUAAGUACACCAUCCCCAUUGAUCAUCUUGGCUUUGAGUUUGAGAUCACGGACCAUGAGGAGACGGUGGACAGCAAGGCUGAAGAUGGAGCAUACGUUUAUGGUUUAUACCUCGAAGGCGCUCGUUGGGAUCGUAAACUAAAGAAACUCAACGAGUCUCAUCCUAAGAUUCUAUACGACACGAUUCCAGUCACAUGGCUCAAACCAGGGCGCAAGGCGGACUUUAAGAAGGUGCCCACCUACACGAGCCCUGUCUAUAAGACGAGUGCCAGGCGAGGUACCCUGUCCACUACUGGACAUUCCACUAACUUUGUCAUGAUGUUAGAGUUACUGUCAGAUAAACCACAAGCCUAUUGGAUCAAUCGGGGUGUUGCUUCACUCUGUCAACUGGACGAUUAAGUAGUCAUGAAAUCCAUGUAUACAAGGAUUAGCUUUUGUUAAUAUGAACUUCAAUCUUGAGCAAGUUUGAGUGUGCACCAUGGUUGACUCAAACCCAGGUUGGUCGACCCUUGGUUGACAACUUUGGUCGACCAUUUGGAACCAGCCUCAUGACCAUGGUUUCUUCAGUGGUCCCAAUAGCCUGUUCCAUGCAUGCUAACAUUUUUAAAGUGCAGAGGGGAACCAGUGACACUAUAGCUAAAAGGCGGAAGGCAAUGGAGUGUCGAAUAGCGUGAUAUAAACCGAUGGUUGACUAGACUUCCACACGAGUCGUUCGAGUGAGUGAUGACUAAAUGUGUGCAUUCGAACUUGCUCUUAGUCACCUCUAACUGUGUGGAUUUCAGCAUUAUCUAAAAAUUUGUAUCAUUACGGAGAUUUGCUAAGCCAAGUGUAGCUUGAGCUCAAAAAAGUCAAUCAGAAUUAAAUCUAUGUUUUAACAAGGAUUUUCUUUUCAGUCGAAACCUGGAAGAAAUAUUUGUAUAUUUGGCUGUCACAUCAAAAUACAUAACAUAGUUGACUUUAAAGGCAUGGUAUAUUUUUGGUUCUUACUCUAUAAGUUAAUGACCAUAAAACGUUACUUGGUAAAGAGCACUGGAGAGCUGUUGAUGUUAUAAAAUAUUGCUGGGAACGACCCCCUUUGAAGUUAGUUUUUGUUUUCACCCAAAAGUUCGAGUCUGAGAAAGGCCUGAAGCCUUUCUGAGGCAUCUGAAAGCACA